UCUUAAGCCGUGUUAUAAAUAUUACAGAUAUAGGUGACUUUCAGUGUAUUACAAUAAUAAAAUUAGCCAAGCAUUGAGAUGCCACUCAGUCUUAUUCUGGCAUUGAAACGAAUACUAACUGCGUGUUACAACAUGCUUAAGUCAAACAAUACGUAGUAAAGUGUACUAAGAAAUUGAACAAAAUGACAGACAUUGAUCACAUAGAAAAUGCAAUUGGAAGAUUUGGUUUAUAUCAAACAUGGAUCUUAAUUCUGGUUACCAUAUCUAGAUAUCCAACGGAAUUUCAGUUAACAAACGUUGUGUUUAUUCUACCUAGUGUUGAGUAUGUGUGUUUGGAUGAAGAAACAUCGAAUGCAACGAACUAUUGUCCCUGUGAUAAUCCGGAAUAUGAUACAAGCGUGAUUAUCAACUCAGUGACUAGCACAUGGGAUCUUAUAUGUGGAAGGACUCAGCUCGCUAGCUUGGCUCAAUCCAUGCUGCAAGUUGGAAUUCUUGCUGGAAGUCUAUUAUAUGGUUAUAGUUCAGACAGGUACGGUCGGAAAAUCGCAACCUGUUUAGCAUUUACUACGACUGUCAUAUUUGUCAUUAUAUCCGCCGUAGUCCCAGAAAUAUGGAUGUUCCUUGUAUGCCGCUUCCUUAUUGGUACUGGAGUCGGAGGCACUAUGCUCUGUUCUUACAUUCUAGUGAUCGAACUUAGCGGAAAAUCGUUUAGGGCAUAUCUAACUGGAUUGUUUGAGAUAUCUUACCUAACAGGAUACUUAGUUCAUCCAAUUAUAGCAUACUAUGUAAGGGAAUGGCGAUAUCUGCAAUUAGUAACUUCAGUACCGUGGGUUUUUGUUUUAUUAAACUUCUGGCUACUACCGGAAUCGCCAAGGUGGUUGAUAACAAUGGGAAAGAAAGAAGAAGCAAUUCGUAUCCUCACUACUAUUGCAAAAAGAAAUAAUCGACCUACCGACGACAUAAAAUCCAUCGUUGAUAAAAUCGAACAAGAAACACAACAAGAGCGUAAACAAGAAUAUGGAUCAUACAUCGAUUUGUUUAAAACACCUAAAAUAAGAAUCUAUUCGAUUAUAAUCGCUUUCGUAUGGUUCUGUUGCGCGCACACCUUCUUUGGCAUCAAUCAAUACAUUGGACGUCUCCAAGGAAAUUUAUAUCUCAACGUAAUACUUUCAGCUGCAAGCCUUAUCCCGGGAAUUUUUCUUGUGAUUUUGGCUUCGUUGUAUUUACGGAGAAAGUUAGCAGUUAUUACUAGUUUUUCAACCGCAGCGAUAUCUUUACUUGUAUUCAUUUUCAUUCCUGAAGAUUCUAAUGCAGUUUCAUUAACUUUUGCUAUAAUCGGUCAAUUAGGUGCUUACACAUCUUUUGUUCAAAUAUAUUUAUAUUCAUCAGAAAUUUUUCCAACUAUUAUCAGAAAUUCUGCAAUGGGAUUUGCUUCCAUGUUUGCGAGGUUCGGUAGUUUCAUUGCUCCGUUUGUUGUAAAUAUUGGUAUAGAAUGGGUUUCGAUUACAAUAUUUAGUGUAUUGGCAUUUUGUGCGGGAUUCUUGUGUCUACUGUUACCUGAAACUAAAAAUAUUGCAUUGUUAAAUACUAUUCAAGAAACAGAAAAACCUAAUGACAAAUAAU